CCUUGCCUCUGUAUCGGUCCAGACAACGGAGAAGUACGACGAAGGAACACGGGACCAACUGCGGGACGCCUUCCAACCAAGCCCCAUCUUGCAACGCGCUAUAGUGGGAUACUGACAGCAUAGUCAAGCCGUUGAUGACCGACGCCAAAUCGAUCGUCGAGGUGCGUACGCUGGCCGGGACCGGUGACGCUGGAUUUACUUCCGUGUCCGCGCAAUUGAGCGCGUCUGGUAGCCACGCUCAACGAUCACGGCCAUCUGGUAUACCUGGCAUGCAGUACGUAUCGGAUUUAUAUGACAUACGAUCUGCGUCCUGCUGUGACAUAUUGUAAGAUCCCCUCCUCGAAUAAAUCGAUGUUUGUCCCAGAUGCAAUCCGACCUGUG